GUUUGACAGACCUCACAGCUCCAGUGGCGAGGAAACACACCCGUCAGCAGCGCGCAUUGGAGACGAAAAAAAAAGCGCAUCACGGACAAAGGAAAUAUGGGUGAGCUGGAGAGGAUUUGCCACCGCCGGGUCCAACAAUGGAUGAGCGACUUCUCUUUCAUUCAGCUGGAGUCCAUUUAGCCCACCUUAAUGAGGUGCUGGGACGCAUGGUACUGCAAGUUAAAAAGGCGGAAGGCUGCGUUUAAUCCGUCUGCGGAUCCUAUGAGUUUGCAAUGGCUGUUGCGGGGAUACGCAACCGGCUACGAAGCAAUGUGCCUUUUUAUUAUUUUGUGAUAUUCUGCUUAUUUUGUGGCCUUUCGUUUGGACAGUUGCGCUAUUCUGUAACGGAAGAACUCGAAAAUGGGGCAGUGGUCGGUGAUCUGGCGCAUGACUUGGGGCUGGAUAUUCGAAAGCUGGCCAGCCGAAAAAUCAAGGUAACCUCCAGCAGCAGCAGUAAACGCUACGUGAUUGUCACCCCUAAAAACGGCAAAUUGCUUGUUAAUGAAAGGAUCGACAGGGAGGCGCUGUGUGAUUUAUCCAGCAGCUGCCUCAUCAAUCUGGAGGUCCUGCUCGAAAAUCCUACUGAGGUGCACCAUGUUGUGGUGGAGAUUGUGGAUGUCAAUGAUAAUGCACCGCAGUUCCCUCGGGAUGAGUAUCAAGUUGAGAUCACAGAAUCGGCAUUACCGGGCUCUCGGUAUCCAAUUGAAAAUGCCCAGGAUCCGGACGUUGGGUCCAAUUCAGUUCGUAUCUAUCAGCUGAGCACAAACGACCAUUUUGCGCUGGUAUCCAACAAGCCCUCCUUAAAUACAAAGCACAUCGAGCUUGUGCUCAAGAAGCCCCUUGAUCGGGAGCAAACGCCUUACCACCAGUUAAUUCUAAGUGCUGUUGAUGGUGGGACACCCGAAAAAACAGGCACGGCUAUCAUUAAUGUGCGAGUACUGGACUCCAAUGACAACGUUCCCAUGUUUGACAACUCCGUCUACAAGGUGAAACUGUUGGAGAAUUCGCCCAAAAGCACCCUGGUGAUCAAACUGAAUGCUACCGAUUUGGAUGAGGGCACUAAUGGAGAGGUAUAUUACUCUUUCAGCAGCUACACCCCUGAGAGAGUGAGGCAGAUGUUCAGUAUGGACACGAACACAGGAGAAAUAAGAGUAAGCAGCAACGUUGACUAUGAAGAGACCAACUCUUAUGAAAUGUACAUCCAAGCAAUGGACAAAGGCCCCGGAGCGGUGGCAGCACACUGCAAGGUGGUGGUCGAAGUGGUGGACGUGAAUGACAAUGUCCCUCAGAUCGUGCUGUCAUCCCUGUCGAGCCCCGUGAGGGAGGAUGCCCGCGCCGACACAGUCGUGGCCCUCAUUAGCGUCACGGAUCGGGAUUCCGGCACCAACAAGCAGGUGACUUUGGAGAUCCCAGCAGGCCUUCCUUUCAAGAUCAAAUCCUUCAGAAACUACUACACCCUGGUUACCUCAGCGUUCUUGGACCGCGAGACCACUGAUGCCUACAAUGUCACUCUGAGUGCCACAGACGGAGGAAAUCCCCCUCUUUCCUCUCAGAAGACCAUCCAGGUCGACGUGGCUGACGUCAACGACAACCCACCACGAUUUGAGCAGACGUCGUAUACAGUGUACGUGACUGAGAACAACGCCCAUGGGGCCUCUUUGUGUACUGUGAAAGCUCAAGACGCAGACAUCAAGGAAAACGCACGCAUCACCUACACGGUGCUCAAUGACAAUAACCACGGCAUCCCCGUCACGUCUUAUGUGUCCGUGAAGGCCGAUACUGGGGAGGCUUAUGCCCUGCGAGGCUUCGACUAUGAGUCACUUCGAGAGUUCCACUUCCAGGUCAAAGCCCAAGAUGGGGGCAUUCCUCCGCUUAGUCGGGUCGCCACCGUCUACAUCUACAUAAUGGAUCAGAAUGACCAUGCGCCACUCAUUGUCAACCCUCCGGGUAAUGGCACACGCUCCUUGGAGACGGUUCAAAAGAACGCAGAUCCCGGUGCUUUGGUGACAAAAGUGGUGGCGUACGAUGCAGAUGCCGGUCCAAACGCCUGGCUGGUGUACAUGCUGGAGACUGCGACCGACCUGGACUUGUUCAAGGUGCACGAGCACACGGGUGAGAUUAGGACCACUCGUAGGAUCCUGGAGGACAACUCCACCUCGUUUGCUCUAACAGUCUUGGUGAAAGACCACGGGCAGCCUGCGCUCUCCUCCACUGCCACCAUCAACGUGGCUGUCAUGGAGGUGCCCCCCAAGGUUGUCCCAGACCCCAAGAGGAUCAUUAGACCCCACAGUACACUACUUUUCUCCAACGUAACCCUCUACUUGAUUGUCGCUCUGAGUGCCACCACCUUUGUUUUCCUGGUCACUGUGGUGGUGCUGGCCAUUGUCCGCUGCCAUGCCUAUUGCUCACAACCUGGCUCCUGCUGUGGCUCACAGAAACCCCCUCCAGACGGUGGGAACGGCAGUGUGAGUGCUGGUGGAGGUGGGCCCGCCGGUGGAGCAGCAGGGCAACCUAAUAACAACGUCGUGCUCCGGAGGGACCUUAAAGUUGAGCCUCACUACAUUGAAGUGCGUGGGAAUGGAUCGCUAACAAAGACUUACUGCUACAAGACCUGCUUGACGGCCACCUCGGGCAGUGACACCUUCAUGUUCUACAAUACAGGAAGGCCCAUCAGUGGCACCUGGGGCAGCGGUGCCGAUCGUUUCUUCACAAGUGGAAGCGGUUUCGUAAGAAGGCUGAGCAUGCCGGAUGCCUCACUUCAAAUCUGCCCGGAGCCAAAAGCCCCGAACGCUGACUGGCGAUAUUCUGCGUCUUUGAGGGCCGGGGUGCAGAGUUCGGUCCACAUGGAGGAGGCCUCUGUGAUGCAGGGAGCCCAGGGCAUGCUGGUCCAGAACUGGCCCACUGUGUCCAGUGCUGCAGAUGGAGAGGGUGGCGGAGAGCUCUCCCCUCCAGUAGGCGCUGGUGUCAACAGCAACAGCUGGCACUUCCGAUACGGAGCCGGACAAAGCUACUGCCCGCCGCAGGGCCUGAAACCUGGCGAGAUUCCUCCCGAAGCUUUCAUCAUCCCCGGAUCCCCGGCCAUCAUUUCUAUCCGCCAUGACCCCGGCCCCGUUGACGACAAAGGGGACUUUAUCAGCUUCGGGAAGAAGGAGGAAGCCAAGAAGAAGAAAAAGAAGAAGAAGGAUAAGAAAGAAAAGAAGGAGAAAGGAAAGGAUGACGGAGGGGAUGAUUAAGCUGUUAAGGUGCCAUUCCGAUUACAGGGCCAAAAAGCCAAAUCACUAUGAAUGAAGGAGUCUCUUUACAGCAUAUGUAUUACAAUACAUCGCAUACUUAACAUUGUACAGUCGCCUGGCUCGCUGCACAAACCUUCUCAACAAAUGCUCCUCUCUUGGAUGGCUCAUUUGGCCUUCAACUUUGACCGGUAUAAGUCCAUUCUAUUCAAAUGUACAGUCAGAAACCCUUUGAGGGGGUUUGGAAAACCAUCAAUGCCUAACCCAAAUUUCUUUAAUUAAAAUCAAAAUGCCAUAAAAAUAAUCCUAAUAGUAAUUAAAGAGUGAUUUGUACCUGACUUUUGUCAGCCAAGGAUGCCUGUGUUGGCGCCUUUGAAGUCAUGAGCCGCCGUUCUUCACACACUCAUCUAGAUAUAAAUAUAAAGUGAAAGCCAAACUGAAAAAUAGGACUUUUUGUUUUCAUCAGUAGUAAGUAGACAUCUUAGAAAUUCAGCAAAUGGGAUUUUUUUUCGAUUGAAAACGAAGAAAAAAAACAAAUAAACACCUAAUGAAAACAUUGUAAAGAAAUAACUGGCAUGCAGACACUGAAAUUAUUUGCACGAGGUGGCCCAGACGACAAGAACAUCAACCAAGAAAUAUCUGUCAGGAUAACAUAGCACAGUGACGAGGUUAAGACCUAAACUGGGUUGCGACAACUGUACGAAGUUUGUUACCAGGUUAAUGUUCACGACUUGUUUGAAAUUUACUCCACUUCAUUGUACUCCUAUAUAUUUAUUAAGGAUGUAGCCGGUUUUAGCAUGAAAACAUUAAUGAAAAAUACCCAAUCGGGAAACCAGAAUCAGUUUGCUAAAUGGCCCAAGUCAUUGUCAGGAAAUUUGAUUCGUGGUUUGUCAGCGGUCCAUAUUUUUGGACUAAUAAAGGAUAAGACCGUGUUAGAGUUUGGGUUUUUUUUUUCAGUCCUUCCUUUACAAAUGUUUUUUAAAUUGGCCGACAUCAUGCUACAUUGGAAAAGAGAUAAUCUCGAUUUAUUCGAUUAAAAUUCCCGUUUGGUCUAUCAACCUCAACUCGGCAUUUGUUCAAUUGGCUUUUCAACACACACAAUUUGAUAAGAUGAGUACACCUAUUUAAAAAAAAAAGCUUUUAAGUUUAGAUUAUUUUGGGGAAUCUAAACAUCGGUUAAAAAUAAAAUAUAAAUUAAUAAAUUCAAAAAAAGAAAAGAUGAGUGCCAAGAGGUUCAUUCUGUAUUGAACAGAACUAAAUGAGAACUUAAAUAGUACACCGAGAAAAGUAUAAGCAAAUUGCAAAAAUGAUUUGGAAGCAUUCAAAAUGAGCACCAUUCAUUUCAAAAUCCGGUAUGAUGUAAAUUGAAAACCCUGUACUUUAAUUUCCACCAGUACGAUGAUGUGACUUGGUAUCAUUUGCGCCAGCUUUCUUGUUCGCUUGACUAUUUUGUUGUUGCCUCUUGUACGCUCGUGCCGCAUUGUAAUCCAGUUGUCCGCCACCACACUCAAUCUUUGACGUCCAUUAUUAGCAUCAACACUGACUCCCCGACAUAAGCUGUAUACUUACUACGCUGCUUUUUUUUCUUCUUCUCAGUGCUGCAUAAACCACCUGCAAAAAUAUCGAAUCUGCGCCCUAAUCUAAGCUCGAAAAUCUGAGGGUCAACGGCAUUCUUAAUGAUGAAACUAUAUUCUAAGGCUGUCAAGCAGGAACAUUUCUUGUUCAAGCCUCUUCUUCUGUCUUUGAAUGUUAAGUAGAUGUUCUUCAAGCUCAUCACCACCGCUUCGACUGCUUCAGUGCUCGUUGGACGUGCUUGCCCGCUGCUCGUUUCCUCUCCUUCCCAUCGACCCGAAUCGACAUUUGUCGGGAAUAACAUCUGUAAAGUCAUCGCCCCCCCCCCACCCCUCACUAAAGGGAUUGUACAGUCGUGUCAUGUUGUUGCAUAUUCAUAAACGGAGGACACUGUGCUACCUAUUGUCAAACAUUCACAUAUUUCCCUUUUGAUGUCAUCAGAGGAAGUUGUGUUGAAUACUUGUGUCUCAUCCAUUGCAAUGUUUUACUGGAACAUCUGAAAAAAUUUGACGUUGGAAGGUAUGGUAUGAGCGCCAACAAGAGUUUGAACCUAAUAAGCAAAAAAAAAAAAAAACCCUCUUGUUUUACAUUUGCUUGAUUACUGCAAAUAAGCAGUAUUUUUUAUUAGCCAUUUUGCUAGUGUAUAAAAAAUGUAUAAAAAAGGAUUGACUUUAUUUUGCCCUUACUUGAGGAAUCUUGGCUGAGUAUGGGACGAAAUGUGCUGUUUGAGCUGAGGGCAAUGCAACUGGGGAUGUCUCAUCUCUGUUCGUGUUACUUUUCUGGAACUCUCCUAUUUCCAGUCGCUGUCGGCACUGCUAUCAUGCUCAAAAUCAACCAUGCUCACGAUUUUCCUCAACCCAAACCCCCACCCUCCCCCGCGCCCAUCCGUCAGAUGUACUCCCGUGCUGUCAGAUCACCGAGUGUUUGCAUGUAAUAAGCAAAGGAAACAGAUAUUAUAAAAAUACUAUAUAUACCUAUACUUUUUUUUUGUUCCACUAGGACAUGUGUAUUGGAAACCACAAGUCUGAAUACACAUCCAUGCACACACAACACAAUACAAAUGGUACGGCAAACGCUUAAAUGAUCACUUUUUUUUUUUAAUCCUGUAAAACCAGCAUUGGCUCGUCUAUAUAUUUAUGAUGCUAUUGUGUUACGCUAUGAAAUCCUUUUUUUUUUGGCACAUGGUUUUAUUUGGUAAGAAAAUUGACCAUUAAACUUGUGUUAACCUUUGAAAUGAUCAAACAAACACUGUUGUGAGCUCAUGUGCACACCCUCCAUAACCAUUCCUUGCUUCAUGAAGACAAAACGGAUGAAAAAGAGGUUAAAAAAAAUCCAAAAUAGAUAAAAUGUAAAAAAAAAAAAUCAAGUUGAUGUAUUCUCUGCUAGCGUAUAGUGAAUAUUUGUCAGUCACUGGGUGUGACAGUGAGUGACACAUGCUAGUCGACUGUGACAGUGCAGAUCUGUUCAUAAACUAAUUUUGUACACCUGCUUAUUGUUAAGGUGAUUAUAGUGGUUCUAAUGAGUUCAUCAACCUGGUAAUGUGUUUUGUUAAUAAGUCACAAAUAAAGCUUUUUCUUAAAUAUCAAA